ACUAAUAUGCCACUGAUAGCAUAGGUAGUUUAAACUGAAACAUAUUGAAUUAAAUUUCAAGAUAUUUUAAGGAAUAGGGUAUUUGACACUAUUAAAAACUUUUUAUUGAAAAAAUGGAACCGACUUCAAAUUAAAAAAAAAAGUUAUUAUCCAUUUUUUUAUCUUAAAAGCGGUUAAUUUUUUUAAGAAACAUUGAAGUUGGGCUGAGUUUUCUGUAGCUAAUUAAAUAUUAACUGUCCGACUUCAAUGUUCUAUUAACCGCUUCUAAGAUAAAUAUAAUUUUCCCUUUUUUUUAAAUUUAAAGUCUGUACCAUUUUUUUAUAAAAAAAAAAUUAUUACAUGCAUUUUAGUGAUAUUUUGAGUUUUGGGGUAACAAACAUCACGCACACUUAAUGCAAAUUAAAGGCUUAUGUGAUUUUCUCUUAGAUGCCUUUGCCAGAUCUGGACCAAAUUACGUUUAGCUUUAGCAAAAUAACGUAAAAAAGCAACAUUUUUAGGAAUUAUAAUAAACGAUGAAAACGCCCUUUAAUUGAUUAUCGUCGCAACCGGUUCUUAACAGGUUCUGUUAACCGGCAUGUGACGUCACACGUAAACAGGAAUCUAUCAUGUCAAAACAUUAUUAGAGAUACAAAUUAUUUUAUGUGUCAUCUACAUCAUGCAAAUAUACAUAUAGAUACACAUAGAUCAAUGUGUCGAAAUCAAAAAAAUGCAAAUAUAAACAUAUGUUACGCUCAAAGAUCGGAAUCGCUCAUUGGGAAAAAAAAAGUUCAUAAUGCAUUAUGGCAAUCGCAGAAUAACCAAUGCGCGAUUUCGAUCUUUGUGCGAACACAUACCUAUAAAACGUGUUAGCUAAAAAACUUCAAUGCACGGCUAUGAAUAAUAUUUAUUAAAAAAACUAACAUCAGUCUGACAUAUGACUGACACUGACAAAGUUGAAAUAUUUAUUCUUUGGAACUUCGCUCUGGAAAUAAUUACUUGUCAAUUGUCAAUAAAUAUUCUUGUGCUGGCGCAGAAGGAACAGAAAACUAAUUUUAAAUUCGAUGUGAAAACUAUUAUAAACCCAAAUUAUUAUGCCUAGUGGCCGUGCCGUAUUGUUAUUGAGGAGGUUGUCGACAGGUGAUAGUAAAUUGAAAAGUUUGAAUUUAAGCCAAACCUCCACUACCAAGGAAAUCCUUGUGAGUCCGGUUUGCAAUCAUCGAGAUUUAGGUUUGCCAAAAAGAUUGACGUCUUUAGCUCACAACAGUCUUCCCCACACCCAGAUCACUAGGAGCUUUAGUGAUAACUUGAUUAAAAUGACAACGCCCACUUCUGAUUCGAAUUCAAACGAAACACCGAUAUAUACAAACCAAUUGAUAAAUGAAAAAUCUCCAUACCUACUUCAACAUGCUCACAAUCCAGUGCAAUGGUAUCCCUGGUGCCAAGAGGCGAUUGACAAAGCUAAAGCAGAGAACAAAUUAAUCUUUCUGUCGGUCGGUUAUUCCACUUGUCAUUGGUGUCAUGUUAUGGAAAAAGAAUCAUUUGAAAAUGAAGAAGUAGCAAAAAUAAUGAAUGAACAUUUUAUUAACAUUAAAGUUGAUCGAGAAGAAAGACCCGAUAUUGAUCGUAUCUAUAUGCUAUUUGUUACGGCCACCUCGGGUAGUGGUGGAUGGCCAAUGUCAGUUUUCUUAACUCCAGAAUUACGUCCAGUAACAGGCGGGACCUAUUUUCCUCCAGAAGAUCGUUGGGGACGUCCAGGCUUCAAAUCAAUCUUACUUACAUUAGCAAAAAAAUGGAAACAGGAUAAGGAACGGCUUGUAGAAGCUGGCACAAAUAUUAUUGAAGCACUUCGUAAAAUCUCUUUUGUUGAAUCUGAACAAUCAGCUACUGUUCCUGGAGAUGAAGCUUGGAAUAAGUGUGUUCGUAGAUUCAUGGCAAACUAUGAACCUGAAUUUGGUGGAUUUGGAACUGCACCCAAAUUUCCACAAGCUUCAAUAUUUAAUUUCUUGUUUCACUACUAUGCUCGUGAUAAAUCUAACCCUGAUGGAAAAAAGUGCUUAGAAAUGUGUCUUCAUACAUUAACUAAAAUUGCCAAAGGAGGCAUACAUGAUCAUGUAUCCAGUGGUUUUGCUCGUUAUUCAGUUGAUAAUGACUGGCAUGUACCUCAUUUUGAGAAAAUGUUAUAUGACCAAGCUCAAUUGAUUGUAGCAUAUACAGAUGCUUAUCUUGCAACGAAGGAGGAAUUUUAUGCAGAUGUAGUCCGGGAUAUUGUAAAAUAUGUGAAUAGAGAUCUUAGGCAUGAGUCUAAGGGCUACUACAGUGCUGAGGAUGCAGACUCAUAUCCAACUUUUGAUGCGCCUCAUAAAAAAGAGGGUGCAUUUUGUGUUUGGGAAUAUGAGGAAUUAAAGUCGCUUCUUGAAGGCAAAAAUAUCAAUAAUAUUCCUUAUUUAGAUAUAUUCUGUGAUUACUUCGGUGUUGAAGAAGAUGGAAAUAUAUCUCCAAGCAGUGAUCCCCAUGAGGAACUUACACGUAAAAACGUGCUGAUUAUUUAUGGCAGUGAAGAAGAGUCUGCAGAAAAAUUCGGACUAACUGGGGAACAAUUUAAGCAAGUGAUAUCUGAAUGCAUUGGUAUACUAUAUGAAGCCCGUCAGAAGAGACCUCGACCUCAUUUGGAUACUAAAAUAUUAUGCUCAUGGAAUGGUUUGAUGAUAGCCGGACUUUCUGAAGCAGGGCAAGCCUUAGGAGAAAAACAGUUUGUAGAAGAUGCUAUUCAUACAGCAGAAUUUGUAAAGAACAACUUGUAUGAUGCAACAAAAAAAAUAUUGCUGCAUUCUUGUUACAAAGCUGAUGAUGGAUCAAUUGCCCAAUCUGAGCAACCUAUAAAAGGAUUCUUGGAUGACUAUGCAUUUUUAAUCAAAGGUUUGCUAGACCUUUACGAAGCGUCUCUAGACCUGAGGUGGCUGAAUUGGGCUCGCGAAUUGCAGCAAACUCAAAAUAACUUGUUCUGGGAUUCCGAAAAUGGAGGUUACUUUACAUGCUCAACAGAAGACAGCACUGUCGUUUUACGCUUAAAAGAAGAUCAAGAUGGCGCAGAGCCAUCUGGGAAUAGCAUAUCGUGUCACAAUUUACAGCGCUUAGCUGCAUACGCCGACAAGAGUGCUGCUCCAGAAGGCGGCGAUCAAGAGAGAGAGAUGGCUAGAAAGAUACUACUAGCGUUUUCUAAACGGCUUAAAGAAUCGCCCACUGCACUACCCGAAAUGAUGUCAGCUCUUAUGUUCUACAACGACUCGCCUACUCAGGUGUUGAUAGCUGGUGGGUGUACUGAUCCUCGUACAUUGGAGUUGGUACGUGUGGUGAGAUCUCGCCUCCUGCCAGGCCGCGUACUCGCCGUAGCGGACCCCGCCGCGGAGACGCCCGCCGGUAUGUCAGAUAUACUGUUGAGCCGAAUUAGGAGCGCGGGAGACACACCGACCGCUUACGUGUGCAGGAGGUAUGCAUGUUCUUUGCCUGUAACCGAUGUGAAACAACUGGAAACUUUACUGGACGAGGCGCCAGUUCAACCGCCCAAGAAGACUUAAACCAUUCAAAAUUAAAGUUCAUCAUCCAUUUAUAAAAAUAUUUAGGCUCUGUGCAAAU